GUGAGCGGGCACAUGGUUUAAGGAAAGGUGAACCAAGAAGUCUAUUCUAUAGUAUAGAGACUGAGAGGAUCUAAUUUGAGGUAUUUUUAGGAAUGUUGGCCGGUGCUAUGGUAAAAUUUGUCAGCUACGUUGAAGGAAGUGAUGAUUCUCUUGGCCAUGGGACAGUGCAUGCUACUGAAGUUGCUAAAGUUGUUCGUUUAUUAAGGAAGAGUCUCCUCCAUCACGAUAUGGAUACAGUGUCAGAUAUCAUGGAACUUUUGACUGCCAGGACUUUAAUAGUACAGGAACUAGCUGUAAAGGUCACACGUGAGCUGAUGCUUCAUGAGUAUAGUUGUAAUGAUGAGGUGUUUCUCGAUUUAUUAAAGUUCCUCAAGCAGCAGUUCAUAGCAAUGCCUCAGUUUAAAAUUCAGAAUGGGCUUGAGCUUAUUUAUAUACUAAUUCUUAAAGGUAUGACUAAAGAAGCUUUUGAAGUUAUAUUGAGCAAUGCUUCAAUGGAUCAGUUUAGUCCCAGUCCUUUAUUUCAAGGUUAUGGAGGUGUCAUUGCUUACAUGUUAUGGAAGGAAGAAGGAUUCAUCAAGAAAGGAUCUGGUAAGCUUUGUGAUGGCUUGCUCAAGUAUUUUGAUGUAAUGAGGACCAAUUUAAAUAUAGUCGAUGGAGGAGAAGGGGAAUACAGCUUCUUUAUGACUUACUAUGUUAAGUCUCUUGUUAGACUGGGUCGAACUGAUCAGGCUGUGUCUUUACUAGAAGAAUAUAAAUUAACAAGACCACAAGAAUUGACAACUUACAGGUUAUUAAUUGAAAUCCUGACCAGUGACUCUUCUAAUAAUGAGAGGAUCACUCAAGUUAGGAAAGACCUUGUCUUAUUGGAGCCGUCAUCUAGGGAAGCUGUGGCACUUGUCAAUUCAUUACUCCUUGAAGAUGAUGUAGAUUACCCUUACUGCUUAUCUGUUGUUCUUAAUUUCAUGGACUAUCCGACUAAUUGGAGUAAUCUCUCUGGGUUGUCGCUAUUGUCAAAGAUACGGUCAGAAUGGUGAGUCCUAUGUCUCUUCUAAUGGAGUUUUUUGUGGUUUAAGGCUUGCUUCAUUGAUAUU